CCGCCUCCAGCCGGGCCUGUGCGCGCGGCCCGGUGCAGGCCAGGGAGCCGGCGUCCCCUCCGACCGCCCGGGAAGGUCCAGGGCGCGCGAGCAAGGCCGCGGAUCCGUCUCUCCUUUCGCUCCGCGCCCCACGAUGGCGGGCGGGCGCUCCGGCCCGCUGCUCACGGCGCUCCUGGCCGCCUGGGUCGCGGUGGCGGCGGCCGCGGACGAGGCGGAGGAGGCCGGGCCCGAGCACGCUGCGCUGCCGGCCGGGCAGAGCAUGGUGCUUCCCAUGACUGCCUCCAACUGGACACUGGUGAUGGAGGGCGAGUGGAUGCUGAAAUUUUAUGCCCCUUGGUGUCCAUCCUGCCAGCAGACUGAUUCAGAAUGGGAGACAUUUGCAAAGAAUGGAGAACUCCUUCAUAUCAGUGUGGGGAAGGUAGAUGUCAUUCAAGAACCAGGUUUGAGUGGCCGCUUCUUUGUCACCACUCUCCCAGCAUUUUUUCAUGCAAAGGAUGGGAUAUUCCGUCGUUACCGUGGCCCAGGAAUCUACGAAGACCUGCAGAAUUAUAUCUUAGAGAAGAAGUGGCAAUCAGUUGAGCCUCUGACUGGCUGGAAAUACCCGGCUUCUUUAACGAUGUCUGGAAUGGCUGGCCUUUUUAGCAUCUCUGGCAAGAUUUGGCAUCUUCACAACUAUUUCACAGUGACCCUUGGAAUGCCUGCUUGGUGUUCUUAUGCCCUUUUCGUCAUUGCCACCUUGAUUUUUGGCCUUCUCAUGGGUCUGGUCUUGGUGUUAAUAUCAGAAUGUUUCUAUGUGCCAUUUCCAAGGCAUGUAUCUGAACACCCCGAGCAGAGUCGGAAGUCAGAGGAGGCUCAUAGGGCUGAACAGUUGCUGGAUGCAGAGGACGAAAAAGAUGACUCAAACGAAGAAGAAAACAAGGACAGCCUUGUAGACGACGAGGAAGAGAAAGAAGACUUUGGUGAUGAGGACGAACCAGAGGAAGAAGAGGAGGAGGACAACCUGGCUGCUGGUGCGGAUGAGGAGACGAGUGACACCCAGGACCAGGGGCCCCCGAGGGAGCCCCUGGAGGAAAGAGAACCCAAUGAGACUAAGGAAGAUGCCCCUGGGCAGCCCCGUCCAUCUGACAGGGAAGACACAGUGAGGCAGCGCAAAAGUCAGCAUGCUGAUAAGGGACCUUAGGCUCACAGACUAUUUCCAAGAACAUAGAGCAGAGGAGUGUGCCGGCUUCCCUCUGUCUGCAGUCUAAAUCAAAAUCCUCCUUGUUUCCCGAGCAAGCUUCUCUUAAAAAUCCACCUUAGUCAUGUAGUCUCGGCAUUAAGCUUAAUGUAUAUUAAUGAGACUCCUUCAAGCAUGACAAUCAGAAUGCGUGGUGUUCGGAUAUGCUUGGGGAUUCGGGAUCGGCACACAUGCAUACACUUGGGGCGAGAGAGUUUUGACCAGAGGUAGCGAUGCCCAGCCCUCGUGAGGACUGUUCAUUGACAAGGCUGCAGGCCCCAUAAAGUGAAAGCAAAGCAGCCUGUGCAUCCUCAUGUGUAGCAGAAGUCUUGCUUCUCCUGUGUUAAGAAGUUACUUUUGUCAAACUAUAAGAAACAUCAGGCACCAUAGUACUGGGUCACUUUUUUAGAGAGAGAAAUGGAGCGGGCCCUGGAUUAUUGUAGAAAAGAGCUUGGCAGUUGUCUUGACUUUAAAUUUCCAUUGUUAUGUCUUAUUUCUUACCUGUCCCAUUUCCAGCUGUCCUGCCAACAGCCUGCAGGCUCCCCACACUUCACAAUGCUUCCUAGUGAGACAUCAGCUGCGUUUAGUGGAUUUAAGGGUUUAGUUAAUCAAAAACCGCAGCCCAUGAAGGUGGACUGCCAAGCAGCUCAAAUGAAUUAUUGUAACCUUUGGGGAUUCAAAAAGUGGUAGGGAUUUUACAGGAGACAAUUUUGUUGUUUUUUGCCAAAAUGGAGUAAUUUUUUUCCCCCAAAAGUCCCUUCAGCAAUAUUCCUUCCCGACCCAGAAGUCCCCUAAGUCUUGCCAGUACAAGGUAGUCUUGUGAAGAAAACUUGAAUACUGUGUUGUUUUGUUUUCAUCUCAAGGGGUUCCCUGGCCUUGAACCACUGUAAUAAUAACUGAACAUUUCUGGUUCUCCUUCAGUGAUGUGCUUUUGGUGAAAGAAUUAAUGAAAGUGAGUAUCUGGAAAUGAAAGAUUUGGUUUCAUUUCCUUCUUUCUUAAUCUUGUAAAGAAUUUUAUCCCUGUAAAUCUCUCAGUGCUCAAUCUACUAAAAGUACCCAGGAGGCCCAAUUUCUUUUAAAAAAUCCAUCCAUCUACUUCUGCCUUACCUGAUUUAUGUUUUAGAAUAAAUUCAUAAAAUUAGAUUCCAAACCUUAUGAAAGAUGACUAAAGUUGAUUCGACACCCCUUGGGUCCAGACAGAAUAAUAAGUAGUGAAGGCUUAUGAAAUUUAAAAGUUUCUGUCGUUUUAAGAAAGAAAUAUGCAGUGUACUCUUAUCUGGCUGUUUAGAUAACCCUUUUCUUCCAUUAACUUUGAACACGGGAUCAUUGGAGGGAGGGAGCGGUUCUGAAACUUGCUCUCUUUCUGUGCUUGAAUGAGCCUGUUGCAAAUUUACACAAAAGGGGUUUUUAUUCUGCCAGAAUCUAAUUUUUAGAGAUGGUUAUUUUUCAUCUUUUCAAUGCAGUUACCUGACAGCCUCAUCCUGCAGCAUGAGAGUCACCAGAUUUUUUGCCCUGGCUGUUUUGGCUCAGUGGAUAGGGUGUCAGCCCACAGACUGAAGGGUCACAGGUUCAAUUCUGGUCUAUGGCCUGUACCUCAGUUGUAGGCUCCCACAUGGAUGUGUUCUAGUCAGAGCUCUUGCGGGAGGCAACCAAUUGAUGUGUCUCUCACAUGGAUGUGUUUCUCUCUGUCUCUCCCCCUCCCACCCUUUCUAAAAGUCAAUAGAAAAAUAUUCUCGGGUGAGGAUUACCCCCCAAAAUAAGAAAGAGUCACCAGCUUUUGGCAGCUAUGAAGCUGGGGAGAUCCUGACCAGACCAAGGACAUCGGAUCUCAUUGUCCUCCCAGCCCUUCAACCCUUCCCCAAAGACCCUCAAUAAGAUGGUUUGACAACCCCCCCGUACCCCCCAAAAAAGAGUCACCAAUAAUAGUUUUUCUCUUCAGACAGCAACACAACCUCAAGUUAGAGGCCAUCAGAAAACUGAGGGGCUAGGAAAAUCUUGAAUUUGCUCGUUUUCUUUCCUUCCGUAAGGUAGGUCUCUGAUACAUCUUAACCCGGGAAGCUUUUCUGGAUCAUUGCUGAGCUGGGCGUGCCCUCCAGCACUGGAUUUCUUCCUCUUACAAUCAGCUGAAUUGAGUUUGCAAAGAUCAUUAAGCUCAAGUUCAGAGCUACAGACUAAGAAAGGAUUCAGUUUGGCUUUUCUAUAUAAGCUCCCCUCCUUUGUAAUAACAUCAUUUUUUUUUUAAGUGGAAUAUUUGACUAGAGAGGAGGGAAUGAAAUCUGCUUUGACUUUUUAGAAAUGUAAGGCCAAUUUCCAGUUGGAUAUAUAUAUAUAUUUCUCAGCGAUACUUUAAAAAAAUGGAGUGAGCAAAGAAAAGCAUCUUGGAGAAGAAAAUUCAUUAGAAGUUUAAAAGUCUGGCUAUGCAAACCAUUUCCCCCCCCUGUUUUUCCUGUUUUUCAAUAUCCUGGCAAAAGAUGGGGUUUUUACCAAGUGGUCUGAUAAAUACUCAACUAAUUUCAUUUCUUUCCACCUGAGGCCUUUACAUUGUUUUCAGUACUGACUGAAUGUAAAACUAAAGGCAAAAAGUCAACCUAAAAUAAUUUGAAAUUAACAUUUCAAUGGGAUUUUAAGGAUAUUUCUUAUAUUUAUUCCAGGAGUCAAGUGCAUGGAAACAGGAUUUUCAUUUUAAAAGUAAACAUUAGCCAUGGUUUCCUAUAUUGUAGUAUCAGUUAUUUACUUACACAAUGGUAUUUUGUAUAAAUCAAAAUCAGGUGAAUUAAAAGUAACUGAAUAGUUGGAGCAGGUGCCUUUUCAUCAAUGAGGCACCUUCUACCUAGCUUUUUCUUAGUUUCCUUUAUUACAUCUCUUCCUAGGCCUGUUCCACUACCCAACUUGCUUAGUGAUCUUAUAUUGAGGUAGCAAACAAGCGUUGGCCAGGUUGGCUUUUGACACUGGAGAAAGCCACAUUUUUAUUUAUUUAUGGCCCAAAUCUGUUGAUAGCUCUGGUGUUGCUACAUGAUUUGGGCAUAUGUAAGCCUGCAUCCUGUAAUAUCUUUGGAGUAGAUGAUAAAAAUAUCUUUCAGGGGAAGUAUUUACUGUUACUGUGUUACCGAGUCAAGAGUGAAGGAUGGGAAACAUUAAAGAGUCAAUAAAAGGUAGACAAGUCAGGGUACACCUGAGAUUUCAGCACCUUAAAUUGGCUUGAAGUGAGAGAAAGGAGAUUGGUGCUUUUGCUAAUGUAUCAAUGUCUGUCUGUCCCUUAUCUCCGUGUCGAAGUGUUAUUUCUGCCAGUGUUAUAAAUGUGUGGUAGACCCAUCCUGUUAAAUAUGACAACAUUUUGGAAAGUAUUCACAUUCUUUGUGCCAACAGAAAAGUUCCUUGUUUAGUAUCUCUUUACCUCAGCCCUACGUUUUGAUUCUCCUGAGGUUACAGCUUGUCUUGCAACCAACGUGGAGUCAUCAAGUCUGAUGAACCUCCAACAGCUUGUGAACAGCUUUCCUGAACCAGGAGGUUCUGUUGAAAGGCCCAUGACAGCUUCAGACCAGGACUUGGCCUUCAGGUGGCUUAUUCUCAGUAAAGUUUCCUGUGUACUGUGACAUUGUACUUGUAUAUGUGAGACAUACUAGGUACACCUUUGACUUGUUUCCAAUAUAGUGUAAUUGUAUUUGUUACUAAAUAGCUUAUUUGUGCAAAUGCAAUUUUUAUACUGAAAAUACUUCUUAUUUGUAUUGCAAUACAUUAUAAAUUUAUUAUUUAUAUUC